AUGCAGGCCGUACCUGAAUCGCGACAACAGACCUUUGAGGAGAUAUAUGGUCCUCCUGAGAAUUUUCUGGAGAUCGAAGUCAGGAAUCCUCAAACUCAUGGUACAUCGCGGAACAUGUACACUUCCUACGAGAUCGUCUGUCGCACGAACAUCCCCGCAUUUAAACUGAAGCAGUCUGUUGUGCGCCGACGCUACUCCGACUUCGAGUACUUUCGAGACAUCUUGGAGCGUGAAAGCACACGAGUUACAAUCCCACCACUUCCGGGAAAGGUAUUCACAAACCGGUUUAGUGAUGAUGUGAUUGAACAUCGACGAGAGGGUCUGCAAAGGUUCUUGCAGAUCGUGGCCGGUCAUCCCCUGCUGCAGACUGGAAGUAAGGUGCUGGCAAGCUUCAUCCAGGACCCAAAUUGGGAUCGUAACGCCUGGUGA